AUUGACAUGCUAAAACUUUCUAAUAAAAGAUUUUAAUUAAUGACGUUGCAAAUCCAACCCCCUUGCCAACACAGCUAUAAGGAGGACCUGCAAGAAAAUGCAAGUACAAUUCAUGUUGUGCAUAGACUGAAGGUGAAAGAAUGGCAAGUACAUCAUUAUGUGCUUCUGAUACAGCAGUGUCUCAAAAUCUUCAGAAAGUAUCCAGUUUUGUGGAAACUAAAACCACACAUUGCUCAUUUUCCAUUGAAAGCAUUUUGGGAUUAGAACAGAAAAAAGAUGGCAUUCCAGCUGCGAUACCUCACAGACCGUGGAUGGAUACAUGCAACAAUUUAGGAGAAGACACUAGUCAGUGUCUGCAGACCCCUGUCAUUUCCUGUGAAGGGCCAUUAUUUCAUGUUAACAGUUACCCGAUGCUGGAGGAAAGAGUUUUGAAAUGUGAAAAAUAUUUUUCAGCCACUGAAAGGCUAUCUUACAAAAGGGAACUGAGCUGGUACAGGGGUAGGAGACCAAGAACUGCUUUCACUAGAAACCAGAUUGAAAUGCUGGAAAAUGUUUUUAGAGUGAACUCCUAUCCUGGCAUUGAUGUUAGAGAAGAACUAGCUCACAAACUAGAUUUAGAUGAAGACAGGAUCCAGAUCUGGUUCCAGAAUCGCCGUGCAAAGCUGAAAAGAUCCCACAGAGAAUCUCAGUUUAUAAUGGUGAAAAACACUUUAACCUCCAACCUGCUGGAAUAGGAAGAAGCCAGCUAGUUCACCAUUCUUCUACCACAAUAGAACAUGAAGAAUUAUUGGAACUUCAUAAUUUGCAUUAUUAAGCAAUGAUAAUGUAAUAUUUGUACUUUGAUAUUUGCAUCUAGUUUUGAAAGAUUAUCAUGAUUUUCAUUAGAAUAAACUGUAAAUACUUCAUUAUGACAUGCCUCAUAUUAUAAUUGCACUUUUUGUAAAAAAAUAAAAUAAAAAGUUUUCCAUAUAUUUUAAUAAAUAUUUUCCAAAACAUGUAAGAUAUUUUUGCAGAUAACAAACUUUAAUACACUAGAUCCUGAGCUGAUGUAAAUCUGAAUAAUUUACUUGAAGACAAUGGAGCUACACCAAUUUAUACUAGUUGAUUUGGUCCUGUGUGGUUACUGAUUUCAGAAAAUUCAUCAGGAAUACAUGAAAAAAGUGACCAAUUUUUUUGUUUUGUUUUGUUUGUUUAACAAAGCUUCAAAUAUUUUUAAAGGUAGAAGUAAAAAAUCAUUUAAAGUACACAAUUAUGCAAA